AUGGUUUUGAGCAAUUUACUGUUCUGUGGUGCGUGCAGCAAAGGGCCAUUUGGGUUGAUGAGGAGCAUGACGGGACCCAAGUACAACGGCGAGUACGGUGUACCUCCACACGAUCGUGAAGAAGCUCCUCGGCGACACACGGUCUGCGACACGCUCAACAACGUCGUCAUCCCCACCUUCGACAUCAAGCUCCUGCAGCCCACCAUCUUCUCCACUUACAACGCCAUGAAGGAUAAGUCCAAGAACGCUCUUCGGUCGGACGUCUGCAUCAGCACGUCCGCUGCACCGACCUACCUCCCCGGCCACCACUUUCAGACAGAGGACGAGGACGGCAAGCUCCGGGACUUCAACCUCAUCGACGGUGGGGUCGCUGCAAACAAUCCGACCCUGCUGGCUAUGACGGAUGUAAGCAAGCAGAUACUCAUGGGGAACAAGGACUUUUUCCCCAUCAAGCCGGCGGACUACGGCAAGUUCAUGAUCCUUUCAUUGGGCACCGGCACCGCCAAGAUCGAAGAGAAAUUCGAUGCCGUCGAAUGCAGCAAGUGGGGCCUCCUCGGGUGGCUCUCCAACAGGGGCGCCACACCCAUUAUCGACAGCUUCAGCCAGGCCAGCGCGGACCUUGUCGACAUCCACGCGUCUGUGCUUUUCCAGGCAUUGCACUGCGAGAAGCGCUACCUCCGGAUCCAAGACGAUGAGCUCAAGGGAGAAACGGCCUUCGUUGACGUGUCCACGCCAGAGAAUCUCAACCGGCUCGUCGACGUGGGCCAAGCACUUCUCAAGAGGCAAGUGUGCAAGGUGAACGUUGAGACGGGCAAGAACGAGCCUGACCAGAACAGGGGCACAAACGAGAAGGAGUUGGUCAAUUUCGCACACAUGUUGUCGGAGGAGCGCAAAACCAGGCUUCGGCAGAAUGGUGGGGUUGAUUUCUAG